AUGUCCAGCUCCUCCCAGACCACCCAGAAAAUCCCCCUCCACCACCGCCCAGACGACACCGGCUACCGCCUCAUCGAGCUUCCUCCCGAACUGGAAAGCCUUCUCGAAUCGGAAAAUGCUCCCGUCCUCACCCUAGAAUCCUCCGAGUCAUCAGCCCUCCUCAAAACCCCCGACAGGACAUACUCCCUCCGCCAGAAAAACACCUCAAACUCCGUCAUCCUGCUCUCACCCACGGCCGACCAAGGCAUGGCCGCCAUCUCCACCAUCCGCGAAACCGUCGAGCUGGACGUGGCGCCUCAAACUCCUGUCACCUCGGGUGGCCCGCUCAAGAACACGGGCAGCAGGGGCAAGUGGCAUGAAAUGUUUGGUAAAGGACGAUAG